AUGGCGGACCUGGAGGCGGUGCUGGCCGAUGUCAGCUACCUGAUGGCGAUGGAGAAGAGCAAGAGCACUCCGGCGGCCAGGGCCAGCAAGAAGAUCACCCUGCCCGAGCCCAGUAUCCGCAGUGUUAUGCAGAAAUACCUUGAGGAAAGGGGUGAAUUAACCUUUGACAAGAUCUUUCAUCAGAAGAUUGGAUUUCUGCUUUUCAAAGACUAUUGCAUGAAUGAGAUUGAUGAGGCUGUCCCUCAGCUGAAGUUCUAUGAAGAGAUAAAAGAAUAUGAGAAGCUGGACUCGGAGGAGGAGCGACUGAGCCGGAGCAGGCAGAUCUAUGACACCUACAUAAUGAAGGAGCUGCUGUCCUGUUCUCAUCCUUUCUCGAAACAAGCUGUAGAUCAUGUACAAAAACAUUUAGCCAAGAAACAAGUGCCAGCCAGCCUUUUUCAGCCAUAUAUAGAAGAAAUUUGUGAUAGUCUGAGAGGAAAAAUAUUUCAAAAAUUUAUGGAAAGUGACAAGUUCACGAGAUUUUGUCAAUGGAAAAACGUAGAACUAAAUAUUCAUCUGACCAUGAAUGAUUUUAGUGUACAUAGAAUAAUAGGAAGAGGGGGAUUUGGUGAAGUUUAUGGCUGCAGGAAAGCAGACACUGGAAAAAUGUAUGCAAUGAAAUGUUUAGAUAAGAAGAGAAUCAAGAUGAAGCAAGGAGAAACAUUAGCCUUAAAUGAAAGAAUUAUGCUGUCUCUUGUCAGCACAGGGGACUGUCCUUUUAUAGUGUGUAUGACCUAUGCCUUCCACACCCCUGACAAACUCUGCUUCAUUCUGGACCUGAUGAAUGGAGGAGAUUUGCACUACCACCUCUCCCAGCAUGGAGUGUUUUCUGAAAAAGAAAUGAGGUUUUAUGCUACUGAAAUCAUCCUGGGCCUGGAACACAUGCACAAUCGCUUCGUGGUGUACAGAGACCUAAAGCCUGCAAAUAUCUUGUUGGAUGAACAUGGGCAUGUGAGGAUAUCAGACCUGGGGCUGGCUUGUGAUUUCUCCAAAAAGAAGCCACAUGCCAGUGUGGGUACCCACGGCUACAUGGCUCCCGAGGUGCUGCAGAAGGGGACGGCGUACGACAGCAGUGCGGAUUGGUUCUCCUUGGGCUGCAUGCUUUUCAAACUCCUCAGAGGUCACAGUCCUUUCAGACAGCACAAAACCAAAGAUAAGCACGAGAUUGACCGGAUGACGCUCACCGUGAAUGUGGAGCUCCCAGAUUCCUUUUCUCCUGAGCUGAAGUCCCUUUUGGAAGGGCUCCUGCAGCGGGAUGUAAGCAAGAGGCUUGGAUGCCAAGGGAGAAGUGCACAAGAAGUCAAAGAACAUCCUUUCUUCAAAGGCAUUGAUUGGCAGCAAGUCUAUUUACAAAAGUAUCCUCCCCCAUUGAUUCCUCCCCGGGGAGAAGUCAAUGCAGCAGAUGCUUUUGAUAUUGGGUCAUUUGAUGAAGAGGACACUAAAGGCAUUAAGUUGCUUGAUAGUGACCAGGAAUUAUAUAAGAACUUCCCUCUGGUAAUAUCGGAGCGUUGGCAGCAAGAAGUAGCAGAAACUGUUUAUGAUGCAGUAAAUGCAGACACAGAUAAAGUUGAGGCCAGAAAAAGGGCUAAAAAUAAGCAGCUUGGCCACGAGGAAGACUAUGCCCUUGGGAAGGACUGCAUCAUGCAUGGGUACAUGCUGAAGUUGGGCAACCCCUUCUUGACUCAGUGGCAGCGGCGUUACUUUUACCUCUUCCCAAACCGACUGGAGUGGCGAGGAGAAGGAGAGUCCCGGCAAAACCUGCUGACCAUGGAACAAAUCGUGUCUGUGGAAGAAACUCAAAUUAAAGACAAGAAGUGCAUCUUGCUGAGGAUCAAAGGAGGAAAGCAGUUUGUCCUGCAGUGUGAGAGUGACCCAGAAUUUGUCCAGUGGAAGAAGGAGCUGACAGAAGCUUUCACUGAGGCACAGAGGUUGCUGCGCCGGGCUCCGAAGUUCCUCAAUAAAUCUCGCUCCACAGUUGUAGAGCUUUCCAAACCACCCCUCAGCCACAGGAACAGCAAUGGGCUGUAG